UUUCUCUAUGAAUAGUGCUCUGGUUAUAAAUCCCUAAGUAGUGCCAAAAUAUGUAUUAAAUUUUCUAUUUUUAGGGAAUGAAUAAUUAAAUAUUGCACGAAAUGAAUGAUUUUACCGAAUAGUGGUAAAAUUGAUAAAAUAAAUAUUUAAUUGUGCGAACAGUUUUUCACAAUUUAAUUUAUACGGCACUAAAUGGGAGUAACCCAACCGAACCUAUAAAAAGUCUGUAUCUUUUUAGAACAAACUAUAAGAUGGUUGUGACGAAGCAAUCAAGUUUAGCAGAUUAUUUUGUUUAAGUUAUCAAACUAUGCAGAAAAAGCAGAGAUGCCCAGGGACAUUUUAAGUGACAGUCUGGCAGUGCUGCGGAUUGUAGAGCAUGAAGAUGAAGAAAGCUGGCCACUUGAGGAAAAGCCUGCUUGUAAACAAAGCACAGCUAAGAAGACCGUAAACGGUUCAAAAGUUGCAAAUGAUGAUUGUGCCUGUUAUUAUAAUUAUGGUCUUCGCGAUUCAGUUGCAAGUCGGCAAAACGAUCCACUAUACCAAUAUAAAACCAGCAGUCUCCCCGCAGCAGCAACUAUUAGCCAUUGGGAUAACUUGGUCUGCUCAGCUAUGCAGCUAUCGCCAGAAGAUAUAGCCAAUCAGCUCUCUAUACAUGACUUGGUUUGUUUCAAGGCUAUACGUCCUGAAGAACUGAUAACGUGCGGCUGGACGAAAUCGAAUAAAGCCAUAGUCGCACCAAAUGUUGUUGCCUUUACUAAACGUUUUAAUAGGGUAAGUUUUUGGACCGUUCAAGAAAUCCUAAAUGGUCAAGCGCCGAAAGCGCGUGCUGAGACGUUGGCUCACUUCAUUAAAGUUGCUAAGAAACUCUACGAUCUGAACAAUCUACAUUCGCUCUUCGCUGUCAUAUCAGCUUUACACAGCGCUAGUAUAUACAGGUUGACAAAAACGUGGUCCUGCCUAUCGAAAAAAGACAGGCAGCAAUUCGAUCGUAUGGCCGAGCUAUUUGGCGAAAAGGACAACUGGACGGCCCUACGAAAAUACAUGCACUCGAUACGACUUCCCUGUAUUCCUCAUCUUGGUAUAUUCCUCACAGAUUUAGUAUAUAUCGACAUGGCUCAUCCCCUCCACUUGGGUUCCCCUCACCGAGAAACCAAAAUGGGGGUUGUUCUUGAAACAGUGCAGAGGUACCAGACAUCGGAAUAUGACAUAAAGCCGGUGCCACACGUGGCAAACUUUCUUAACAGUGUUCGCUAUAUUGAGGAGUUACAAAAGUUCUUAGAGGAUGACCAAUAUAAAUUGUCCUUAAAACUGGAACCGCCCUCUCCCGUCGGAAGUUGUUCUGGCUCGAAAGAGUCCGUAAAAGAAGUUUCAGCCCAGGGGACUAAGCCAUUCACGCUGUCCCCGUCUCAUAGACUUGGAUCAGGAUCCCUGAGAAUACAGGGGACGUACAACCAAGGAAAAUUUGUUCCAACGCAUAGGAAAAGCCGAUCUCUUGGAUCUAAGUUUCGAAGCGCGAGUUUGCCAAGAAAUUUUCACAAGGUCAAUUUUGGUGUUGGCAUAUUCGGCAAGGGACAAAACGAAGAUAAGGAUGGGAAAACGCCGGCUGGAUCGGUUAAUUUACUGGAUGACACAUUAUUAGAAUCUCCGAGCUCUGUUGUUGCUGAAAUAUCGGAGUCUUUGCCAUUUAGUGAUCCGUCAACAUCAGAGCCAUUUGGCUGCGAUUUCCAAAGCUACGUACGACGCAAAACGUUAUUAAAAGAGGGAAGGAAGAUAUCUCUGUCCUCUUGGCAAAGAUAUUGGCUGCAAAUCACGGCUAAUAUACUAAUAUUCUACGCGUCUAAGUCGUUCAAAGGAACGUGUCGCACGGAUUUUAGUAAGGAUAAAUGUAAAGUGUUAACCCUUCACGCGGGAUGGAGGGCAAUGUGGCUGGAAAGUGAUGCCAGCGAUGGGUUUCAACUCCUCGAUAGGAAUGCCCAUACAAUAUACAAGUUCAAGACUGGUUCUGAAGCGACAGCGAAACAGUGGGUAUCUCGAAUAAAUAAUGUAACGGACAAAAUGGUCCAGCCUUUACCUGCGAAUCUUAUGUCAUUUGAAUAGCAUACGUACUACUUUAGUGCUUUAUAGGCUUUGAUAAUAUUGCCUUAAAACAAUUUAUUUUAUACGACAGGUUUAAAGGUGCUUUUUAAAAUGCAAAUUACAAAAAAAAACCUUUUUAUUUUACCAGAACUAUUGAUCGGUAUUUUUAUCAAAGUGACAGAAGAGUUAAAGCCUUCAAUUUGAAUGUUUUCAUUAGACAGCUGCUUAUUACAGGUUCGACAGCAAUAUUCACGACUGACUGUAUUUAGUCAUGAGAUCAAUUUUCUUUUAAGUUUAGAUUUUGGAAUAUUUCAGCUAGAUUUAGAGUUUAUAUAAGCUAUGAGGCUUAGUUAGGUUACGUAAUCUCAGUUUGAUAUUUUAUUAAAUAUGUGGGAUGUAAGCUAUGUUUGCACUGACAAGGUUAAUUAUUGCUAACACAAAGGAAAGAAUGAGCAGUCCAGCAAAGUGGAAUAAUAGAGGAUCUGUUGCGCAAUUGUUCAUCUUUAAAUUUGCUUGGAUAUCGUGAUUUUAGUAACAACCUAUGAGUAUAAAUCGUUUGUUUGACGCGAAGUGUAUAUGCAGCCCUGUCAGCGUGAACCUAACUACUUUAUUUUUAAGAAUGAUAUCUAGUUCCGACUAAAUGCGUUAGAUGGCGUUAUCUCAUAUUAACGACUGAUUGUGUGAUUUUUGUAAUUGCUUUAUUUUGAUGUUCUUGCCAAGGAAAUUUAGAGUAAGUAAAAAUACGUUUUCACUGCAGUCUAGGAAAAAAAUAGGCUGAAACCCAGGCAACUAAGCAAAUUUUUACUGUACGACGCGACAUAACUAACAAAUAACUUAUUUUAUUUUUUAUAUUUACAUAAACAAUAGUAAAACAUUACUACUAUUAAAAAACAAUGCAUAUUCAUUAAAACAUUUUCUACCAUAUUUUAAAGAUAUUGUUGGCAUUGUUGUCAAUACUGUUUUAAAAGCCUUAAUAAUUUUGAACGGAAUAAAAUUCGCAAGACAAGCAUAAUCUGGUGCCUUCGGCAGUUUAUAAGACGUUACCGAAUUUUUAUUUUAUUUUAGUUUAAGUCAGUAGCUUAGAUUUUGUUUAUUUAUGUUAAAAGCACACUUUCAAUAAUACGGGCAGACUAAAAUGUAAUUAAUUGUGCUUCAACUGAUCAGAUAUAUUUGUGGUACUAAGUCAACACCGUAUUAUUGAAAAUGCACUGGUGGCAACGCUUUCAAAGAUAAGAAAAACAUGCGUCCGUUUUAAACAAAUGUAAACCUGCCAUUUAGUUUAGAUUGCACAUAUGUUGUAACAAUAAAUGUGUUUUAUUGUUACAUAAAUGUGGUUCAAGAAGGUCAUAAUUGGAUUAAAAGAUGCUCUAUAAGUCUCAGGAAUGUUCUCUAAUCUCAUUUCGUUCAAAGAUAAAAUAAAAAUGUUUAUAGGUAAAAAAUUAAAUAUUUGUGUUAAAAUAUUUGAAGGUAAGUCAAUGUUAGUAAUUAAAUAUGUGAACUAUAUAACGAUCGGGCUUGUUGUAGUAUAGGACGACUUGUUUAGUGUCGAAAUUUUAUCAUUGAAAGCGUCCAUCGAUGCACUUGAUUAUUUUUAUUUUGUUACGUUAAUGUUUAUUGUGCUAAGACUUUUCUAUUAAGUUAAAUUUAUAUUUUUGUAUCUCUUUGUAAUAAGAGAAAAUUUGUGUUUAAUUUAAUAGAAAUCAAUACUCAUGAAUAAAUCGUGUAUUUUUGUACCGA